UCUGUCUUCAGAGCAUGAGAAAGAGAGAGAAAGAUCACCUUCAGCUUCUCUCCUUCUGUGUCUGGCCAUUGAUGGUGUUCUUUCAUACUCUUCACUGAAAAAGUUUGGAUUGAUUGCUUGUUCAAUUGCAUAGAAGAAAAAGAUGGUUUCAAGGUCAUAUUCUAACCUUUUGGACCUCAUCUCUGGUGAAUCCCCAUCGUUUGGGCGUGCCGGAAAGCGGUUUCCUAGAGUAAUGACAGUGGCUGGAAUCAUGUCUGAUCUUGGUGAGGAGAAUUCAAGCAGUGUUGGAUCAGAUGCCCCUUCUUCCAUGUCUCAAGAUCGAAUAAUCAUUGUUGGGAAUCAGCUUCCUGUUCGGGCACACCGAAGACCCGACAAUGAUGGAUGGAUCUUCACUUGGGAUGAGGAUUCAUUGCUGCUUCAGCUCAAGGAUGGUCUCGGAGAUGAUGUUGAAGUAAUUUACAUUGGUUGCUUAAGAGAAGAUAUCGAACCAAGAGAACAGGAUGAUGUUUCUUCAACUCUUCUCGAGACAUUCAAGUGUGUUCCUACAUUCCUUCCACCUGAUCUCUUCAGUAAAUUCUAUCAUGGUUUUUGCAAGCAACAAUUGUGGCCUUUGUUUCACUACAUGCUUCCGCUUUCCCCUGAUCUCGGUGGCCGUUUUGAUCGGUCUCUUUGGCAAGCUUAUCUUUCAGUUAACAAGAUAUUCGCCGACAAAGUGAUGGAAGUCAUUAACCCCGAUGAGGAUUACGUAUGGGUACAUGAUUAUCAUCUCAUGGUGUUACCAACCUUCUUGAGGAAGAGGUUCAACAGGGUGAAGCUCGGCUUCUUCCUUCAUAGUCCUUUUCCUUCUUCAGAGAUUUAUCGGACAUUGCCUGUCAGAGAUGAGCUUCUUAGGGCCCUUCUCAACGCUGAUCUUAUCGGCUUCCAUACUUUUGAUUACGCAAGGCAUUUCCUUUCAUGCUGUAGUAGAAUGCUUGGCCUUGCAUAUAAGUCGAAGAGGGGUUAUAUUGGUCUUGAAUACUAUGGUCGGACAGUUAAUAUCAAAAUUCUUCCAGUCGGAAUUCAUUUGGGGCAGCUUCAGUCAGUGAUGAAUCUUUCGGAGACAGAAGCGAAAGUUGCUGAGCUGAGAGAUCAGUUUAAGGGUCGAACGGUGUUGCUCGGAGUCGACGACAUGGAUAUAUUCAAGGGCAUCAGUUUGAAGCUAUUAGCAAUGGAACAGUUGCUGGUUCAGCAUCCUGAUUGGGUGGGGAAGCUUGUUUUGGUGCAAAUUGCGAACCCGGCCAGAGGCCGAGGAAAAGAUGUGCAAGAGGUGCAGUCAGAGACAUACUCUGCUGCGAAACGAAUAAACGAUACAUUUGGAAGGGCUGAUUAUGAGCCGGUGGUUCUCAUCGAUGCUCCACUUCAGUUCUAUGAGAGAAUUGCUUAUUAUGUGAUUGCUGAAUGCUGCCUUGUCACUGCAGUGAGAGACGGAAUGAAUCUAAUACCUUAUGAGUAUAUUAUUUGCCGCCAAGGCAAUGAUAAGCUGAAUGAGACCUUGCAACUCGACCCUUCGGUUCCAAAGAAGAGCAUGUUGGUUGUCUCUGAGUUUAUAGGUUGCUCUCCAUCGCUUAGCGGCGCCAUCCGUGUCAAUCCGUGGAAUGUCGAAGCCGUGGCUGAAGCAAUUGAUGGAGCUCUAGCGAUGCGGGAGUCUGAAAAACAAUUACGGCAUGAGAAGCAUUUCCGGUAUGUUAGUACACAUGAUGUUGCAUUUUGGGCAAACAGCUUUUUGCAGGACUUGGAAAGAACUUGCAAGGAUCACGGAAGAAGGAGGUGUUGGGGCAUUGGUUUCGGCCUCAGUUUCAGAGUUAUUGCACUUGAUCCUAAUUUCCGGAAACUAUCAGUUGAUCACAUAGUCUCUGCAUACAAGAGAACCAAGAAUCGCGCCAUUCUCUUGGAUUAUGAUGGAACUAUGAUGCCCCAAACAUCAAUCAACAAAACACCUAAUCCUGAGUCUACAGAUAUUUUGAAUAGUUUGUGCCAGGACCCUAAAAACGUCGCAUUUCUUGUAAGUGGCAAGGGAAAAGAUACUCUUAGCAAGUGGUUUUCCGCUUGUCCUAAGCUGGUGAUCGCAGCAGAGCAUGGCUAUUUCCUAAGGCAAAAAGACGAUGUGGAGUGGGAAACAUGCGUUCCUAUCGCGGACUUUGAUUGGAAACAAAUUGCUGAGCCUGUGAUGAAGCUUUACACUGAAACCACAGAUGGUUCAGUUAUUGAACAUAAAGAAAGUGGACUUGUUUGGCAUUAUCAGUACGCCGAUCCUGAUUUCGGGGCAUGCCAAGCUAAAGAGCUUCUUGAUCAUCUCGAAAGUGUUCUGUCAAAUGAGCCAGUGUCUGUGAAGAGUGGCCAACACAUGGUCGAAGUCAAGCCACAGGGAGUUACUAAAGGAUUGGUAGCCGAACGACUUCUAUCCACAAUGAAAGAAAAACAAACACUUCCUGAUUUUGUUCUCUGUAUCGGCGAUGAUCGGUCUGAUGAAGAUAUGUUCGAGGUGAUCACUGAUGCAAUCACAGGUCCUUCGCUGUCUCCGGUUGCAGAAGUGUUCUUGUGCACCGUCGGGCGAAAACCAAGUAAAGCCAAGUACUAUUUAGAAGACACAACCGAAAUCGUUCGAAUGCUGCAAGGCCUUGCUACAACCUCGGAUCAAAUGGCAAGAUCAACUGCAUUGCAGCAAAAUCCAUUGUGAACCGGGUUCGAGCUUCGAAUAAAUUUUGCUCCGAUGUAUAUAAUAACCAUGUUUGUGAUGUUUCAAGAAUUCAGUUUAUGUUUGCAGUCUUGACUAAUCAUGCUCUAUGAUCAAAUGUAUCUCUUUGUAAUAAAAUGGAGAAUUUGUCAAUGUUAAUGUAUUGAGAA